GGAGGAGCCAGCGAAGCGGCCGCCCGCAAGCUCUGCUGCUCCUACCACAGUCGUCUAGCCGGCGCCUCCUUGCUUUUUGCGAAGGGACGGGUAGUGUGCUUGGGCCAAGAGAGUUUCCUCAGUCACCCCAGUGCUGUUCACAGAUGCCGACCAAACUGGGCAGCCCCAGUGAAGCCGAAACCAUCGUGCCCGGGAAAGGCUGCUCUCUCUCUCGUCGGAGAAUAGUCGUUUAAAAAGCGUGCGCGCUUGUGCAUCACAGAAGCUAUGCAUCCCCGAAGUGGGAUAGGAAAGAACUGCCACUUGAAACAGUUAGACCUCUUUCUUUUGCCAUCCUUAAAUUGUUGCAUUGUCUUUAUUGUUUCCGUUAUUGCUGCAAAACUGAUUUUAAUACUUUAAAACUUGCUGUUACCCGCUCUGAGCCCUCUCGCGGGAUUUAAAUUCGAUUAAACAAACAAACGACACGCUGGCUGAGACAAAAGCACACACCUAUGGGGCUUUACACUCGAGAGCACCACGUUUAAGCUAAGAUUAGUAUAAUGGUGCAGCAGCCACUAUUUUGUGGCGAAAUAAUCGCCAAUAGCGGCUGAAUGGUGCAACAGCUGUUCUGCUGUACUCUUGGUUGAAUGUAAAUCCAGCUGAAACGACUAGUAGCGUUGGGGGAAAAAAAAAAUACUGUGCGCGCGCACGUUCUCCAUAGGGUCCCCUCCAACUCGCAUGCGCUGCUUUCAAGCCUCUGGAGUGGCAUUGACUACCGUUGGAUUAACCGGCGCUUUCCAAGUGAUGAUUUCCGAGUGCGCCUGACGGUACUUUGGGCAUGCGCAGAUAUGCGAAUAGUCGUCCUGGUUCCGUAGAGAUGUCCGUGCGGGUAAAACGAGAGCGGAGUUCCCGUGAGGUGUCUCCGCGGAACUCGCUUUUGAGUCGGAUUAAGCAAGAGCCGGGUAGAGAGAGCGGUGCAUCUCGAAGCUUGGGGGGUCGGGACCUGGUGCGUGUGAAGCGAGAGCCGGACGACGACGAGGCGCGAAUCAAGCGGGAGCCCGAAGAAGACGACGAGGAUGAGGAACCCACCGUAAAAUAUGGUCGCUUUGACCCGGAAGACCGGCGGAGCAGGCACUGCCCAUACUUGGACACCAUAAACAAGAGUGUUCUGGACUUUGAUUUUGAGAAGCUGUGUUCAAUCUCACUUUCGCAUAUUAAUGUCUACGCCUGUUUGGUGUGUGGAAAAUAUUUCCAGGGUCGAGGCUUGAAGUCUCAUGCUUACAUUCACAGUGUACAGUUCAGCCACCACGUCUUUCUCAACCUUCAUACCUUGAAGUUCUAUUGCCUGCCAGACAACUAUGAAAUCAUUGACUCUUCCCUUGAAGAUAUCACGUACGUUUUGAAGCCCACAUUCACCAAGCAGCAAAUAGCCAACCUGGACAAGCAGGCCAAACUUUCUCGGGCCUAUGAUGGCACCACAUACCUACCUGGCAUUGUGGGACUGAACAACAUCAAAGCUAAUGACUAUGCCAAUGCGAUACUCCAGGCACUAUCUAAUGUCCCGCCCCUGCGGAAUUAUUUCCUGGAGGAGGAGAACUAUAAGAACAUCCAGCGCCCUCCUGGGGACAUCAUGUUUCUGCUGGUCCAAAGGUUUGGGGAGCUCAUGCGGAAGCUGUGGAAUCCCCGGAACUUCAAAGCUCAUGUUUCUCCCCACGAAAUGCUGCAGGCUGUAGUUCUCUGCAGCAAGAAAAACUUCCAGAUCACCAAGCAAGGUGAUGGAGUUGACUUCCUUUCCUGGUUCCUGAAUGCCUUGCACUCUGCACUUGGUGGGACAAAGAAGAAGAAAAAAACCAUCGUGACUGAUGUGUUCCAGGGCUCCAUGCGGAUAUUCACCAAGAAAUUGCCACACCCAGAUCUGCCAGCAGAGGAGAAGGAGCAGCUGCUCCAGAAUGAUGAGUACCAGGAAAAAAUGGUGGAAUCCACCUUCAUGUACCUGACCCUGGACCUCCCCACAGCCCCCCUUUACAAGGAUGAGAAGGAGCAGCUUAUUAUUCCCCAGGUGCCACUUUUCAACAUCCUGGCCAAGUUCAAUGGAAUUACAGAGAAGGAAUAUAAAACCUACAAGGAGAAUUUCCUGAAGCGUUUCCAGCUCACCAAACUGCCUCCUUACCUCAUCUUUUGCAUCAAAAGAUUCACCAAGAAUAAUUUUUUUGUGGAGAAGAACCCAACUAUUGUCAAUUUCCCUAUCACGAAUGUGGAUCUCCGGGAAUACCUCUCUGAGGAAGUACAGGCUGUGCAUAAGAAUACAACCUAUGAUCUCAUCGCAAACAUAGUGCAUGAUGGGAAGCCAGCUGAAGGGGCAUACAGGAUCCAUGUGUUGCACCAUGGCACGGGCAAAUGGUAUGAGCUGCAAGACUUGCAGGUGACAGACAUUCUCCCCCAGAUGAUCACACUCUCCGAGGCUUACAUUCAGAUCUGGAAGAGAAGAGAUAAUGAAGAGGAGACCAACCAGCAAGGAGCUUGAAACGGCAAGAGGCAGAGCCACUGGAAGAUGAAGAGGGCAGAGUGCCCGACUUACCAGUUCCCCCUGCUGAAAUUGAGAAGUCCAAACUUGGCUCGUUCAGUUAAGUUGCUGUUAGUGCCAGCAACUGGGCAGGGUGGUCCUAUUUCUUUUACAAGCCUCUAGUUGCUGGUUGUGUUCCUUCCUCAGCCCACCUCUUGGCUCCUUGCUGCCUCUGUAGAGUUGGAGCAUGGGGCAAGAACAAAGAGGUCACAGCCUUUGGACAUAGCUUACUCCACACAUUUCACCAUCUUGUUGGCCCACCUGGGGAAGACUCUACCCUGGAUGCUGCCUGACUAACAAGGACCUUUCAGUAUGUGCUGUGCUGGUUAUUUUUGUGUCUGUGCAUUAAAUGUACAUUAUUUUUAA